UACAUAAAAUGGCUUCCUCGUCUGUUGUGUUAUCUAUCUAGAAUUAUAAAAUCUCAAUCCACUUCAGUGUGGAUGCCGGGGAAAAUAGCAAAACAUUGAUAGAUUUCGGAAUAAGCUCGAAUCGUUAAAAACACUGUUUACGGCUAUAGAUAUCCAAAUGAAAUUACUCUCAAUGUAAUCACGGACGCUCAGUAGGGAGGAACACUGGGGUGGGUGACAGUUGGUGUCGUGAGUUUUUUUGCAAUAAUUCAUCAAUCUAAAUCUAUGGAAAACACAAAGGACACUAAUGGUAUAGUUUCGGAGGGUUCAAUGAUGGUUAAACAGGAAUUGAGUGAUGAAAUCAUAACAUUUAUGGACAUGAAUUCAAGUUCAGAAGGAGUACAAACAAAUAUAUCAACACUCUUUUCAAAUUCUGAAGAUAUAAAGCAAAAUGUAUCAACACAAUUUUUCAACAAAUACUUUGAGGAAACAAUGCCAAUUUUAGCUUUAGAAGAUAAAAAUCUUGAUAAAACAAAGCCUUUGUUUCAUUUAGAAGAGAUGAAACAAGAUAACCCAACAUCAUUUUCAUCUUCUGAAGACAUGAAACCAAAUAUAUCAACAGCAUUUUCAAUCUUUGAAGAUAUAAAACCUGAGAUAUUAACAAUUUCAUCUUCGGAGAGUGAACAACAAAAUGGUUUCAAAGCACAGCAACAACUUCCUUCCCCACCAGAUUUAACUGAUUUUAAAGAAAAGUUUGCAGUUUUAAAAUCAGAUCUUCAAAAUGAAUUAAAAGAACUCAAGUUAUUGCAUACAAAAUUGAUUGAUAAUCACCCAACAGAAUAUCAGAUCAAUGAUAAGGGACUGAAGACAUACAAGUGUGAUAUGUGUUGUCAAAGAUUUUUCCAUUUUGAUCACGUUAAACAACACAUCAACAUUCACACAAUGGUGAAUCCAUAUGGUCAUGAUUUUCAUCAGCAAGAAAUUGUUAUGAUCAGUGAUGUUCAACAGAUUAACAAAAUAAACCUAGAACAGGUAUACAAUAAGUCUAGUUUGUCUAAAAAUUUAACUACAAAGCCUAGUUUAUCCACACACACAAAUAUUCAUUCUGGAAUUAAUAAGCAAUAUGAUUGCUAUGUGUGUCAUAAAAAUUAUCAUAUUAAAAAUCAUUUAGCAAACCAUUUAGAGAGACCAUAUGAAUGUGAUGUGUGUCUUAAAAAAUUAAGUACUAAUGGUAAUUUUUCAAAUCAUAAAAAGAUUCAUUCAGGAGAAAAACCAUUUGAAUAUGAUGUGUGUAAUAAAAAAUUUAAUCAUAAAGGUCAUUUAUCUACACACCUAAAUAUUCAUUUACCAGAGAGAACUUUUGAAUGUGAUGUGUGUCACAAAAAAUUUAGGCAUAAACGUAACUUAUCAAAACAUAAAAAUAAUCAUUUACCUGAGAGACCAUAUGAAUGUGAUGUGUGCCAUAAAACAUUUAGGCAUAAACGUAAUUUAUCAAAUCAUAAAAAUAUUCAUUUACCAGAGAGACCAUAUGAGUGUGAUGUGUGUCACAAAAAAUUUAAUCAUAAAGGUGAUUUAUCAGAGCAUAAAAAUGUUCAUCUACCAGAGGGACCAUAUAAAUGUGAUGUGUGUCACAAACAAUUUAAUUAUAAAAGGAGUUUAUCAAAACAUAAAUAUACUCAUUUACUAGAGAGACCAUAUGAAUGUGAUGUGUGUCACAAAAAAUUUAAUCAUAAAAGUGAUUUAUCAAAACAUAAAAAUAUUCAUUUACCAGAGAGACCAUGUAAAAGUAAUGUGUGUCACAAAAAAUUUAAUCAUAAAGGUGAUUUAUCAGAGCAUAAAAAUGUUCAUCUACCAGAGAGACCUUAUGAAUGUGAUGUGUGUCACAAAAAAUUUAAUUAUAAAUGUUAUUUAUCAGAGCAUAAAAAUGUACAUCUACCAGAGAGACCAUUUGAAUGUGAUGUGUGUCACAAAAAAUUUUAUCAUAAAAGUGAUUUAUCAAAACAUAAAAAUAUUCAUUUACCCGAGAGACCAUAUGAAAGUGAUGUGUGUCUCAAAAAAUUUAAUCAUAAAGAUCAAUUAUCUAGACAUCAAAAAAAACAUUUACCAGAGAGACGUUAUGAAUGUGAUGUGUGUCACAAAAAAUUUAAUCAUAAAGAUGAUUUUUCAAAACAUAAAAAUAUUCAUUUACCAGAGAGCCCAUAUGAAUGUGAUGUGUGUCAUAAAAAAAUUAGUAAAAAACGUUCUUUAUCUACACAUAAAAAUAUACAUUUACCAGAGAGACCAUAUGAAUGUGACGUGUGUCAUAAAAAAUUUAAAUCUAAAGGUCAUUUAUCUACACAUAAAAAUAUUCAUUUACCAGAGAGACCAUAUGAAUGUGAUGUGUGUCACAAAAAAUUUAAUUUUAAAGGUGAUUUAUCAGAGCAUAAAAAUAUUCAUUUACCAGAGAGACCAUAUGAAUGUGAUGUGUGUCAUAAAAAAUUUAAUCGUAAAGGUAAUUUAUCUACACAUAAAAAUAUACAUUUACCAGAAAGACCAUAUGAAUGUGAUGUGUGUAACAAAAAAUUUAAUUUUAAAGGUGAUUUAUCAGAGCAUAAAAAUAUUCAUUUACCAGAGAGACCAUAUGAAUGUGAUGUGUGCCACAAAAAAUUUAAUUAUAAAGGUAGUUUAUCUAAACAUAAAAAUAUUCAUUUACCAGAGACCAUAUGAAUGUGAUAUUUGUAAUAAAAAGUUUGCUCGUAAGUCUAGUUUAUCUACACACACAAAUUUUCACUCAGGACUUGAAUGUGUUGUUGGUCAUUAAAUUCUCUUUCACAAGGAUCUUCAAUUAUCUAUAUAUAAAAUUAUUGCUUUUUUACUAAUACCACAUUGUGUAGGCUGAAAACACACCAUUAAUGUUUGUCAUACAGGAUAUAAUACUCUUCAUAGUAUUAUUUGUCAAACAAAGUAUUGGGAAUGAUUAAUAUGAUAUCUAGACAUUUCAUUUUGAAGAUAAGUAAAAUGAAUGUAUUAUUUGUAACUAAUGUUUUUAAAUUGUGUGCAUCUAUGUUGUAAACAUGAAAUUUAAACAAAGUUUAAAAAGUUAUUAAAAAUGAUUUAACAUGAUAAUUUUUAAAUAUUCACACAAAGGAAGGAACACUUCAUGGAAAGAAUGGAUGUCAUGAAUCACUAUAGUACAUUUAUUAUAUUGUACUAGGUGUUUUUGGCUAGCUUUGUUCAGGUUUUUUGUAAAAAAUGAUGCCUAAAUUCUUACCCAUUACAUUACUUAUACAAUAAUACUAACCACUAAUAAACAACAACAUUUUAAAUGUACAAUUAUGAUUUGAAUCAUUGAAGUAAUAUUUACUCUGUAUUUUUUUUAUAUUGAAUAUAUUCCAUUUUAUGUAAUUCUAAAUUUUGUAUAAAUAAUUAUAUAACCCAUUAAGUUAAUCAUAAUUAUAAUAAUUGAAGUGAGCAACAAAAUGUAUUAAUUA